AUGACCCCACAACAAACUUUCUCAAAUGCACCUGUAUUUCAUAAAAAAUCAGAUUCUUCCUUAGCAAUACCCUCAAUGUUGAAAUGUAACUCUGCUCUUGUCCUUCACAAAAUACCAAGGAGUAUAGCUACUAGGAAGAAGAAUGUUCAGACCAAUAAAACUAUGGUUGAAGCCAUGGUGGUGAGUGAGAGUGAGUUUAAUGAAGCAGUUAUGAUUAGGCAGGCUGUGCUGGAAGAUGAAAUAGAUGAGGGGGCUGUGCUGGAAGAUGAAAUGGAUGAGGGUGCUGUGCUGGAGGAUGAAAUGGAUGAGGGUGCUGCGUUAGAAGAUGAUAUUGAUGAUGAAUAUGAAGAGGAUGAAGAAUCACUACUAGAAAACAACCCAUUUCCGACGGAGCAGUCCAAGGAGGUUCACUGCUUCCUCCUUGCUUUAAAUUGUGGUUGGAGAAUUCAUUCAAGUAGGCUACCAGAUGGAGUUACUUGGGCUAUAAAGAGUAUAAAGAACUCUGAGCACACUUGUGGAGGCCUAGAUGAAAGGAAUCCCCUAGUGACUGUUAAAUGGGCUGCAGAAAAACUAAUGGAAGAUAUAAGGGCUAAUAAUGACAUCUCUAGAAAGACAUUGAAUGAUCUCUUAUUCAGUAGAUAUGGAGUGCAUAUGGCAACCAGUACCCUUUACAAGAUGAAAGGGGUAGCAUUGAAGGAGAUAAAUGGUGGGCAUGAUACUUCUUAUGGAAAUUUGCCAAAGUAUUGUGAGAUGGCUGCCAUUGAUGGUGUAGUUGCAGGAUGUAGGAGUUUAGUGGGGGUUGAUGAAGCUCACUUGAAAGGACAUUUUGGUGGGGUCCUUCUGUCUGAUGUGGUUGUAGAUGGAAACAAUGAAUUGUUUCCUUUUGCAUGGGCUAUAGUUCCCAAGGAAGAUGGUGACAGUUGGAAGUAUUUUUUCUGGCACUUGAAGCAUAUUCUGUCAGGUUCUGGGAAGGGGGAAUAG